CUUGUCUUCAUUCGCAAGAAGAGCAAGAGCCCCACCGUGUUCUGCAAACAUAUCCUUGGUUUCAAUCUUUAGAACCCUAAAUCUCUGGGGAUUAUUUAUAUAAUAAGAUCCUCUAGAAUUGAAAAAAAAAGUUGGGUCUUUGAAUGAGACAAAUGGGUGGUUCUUCAGAGACGAAGAUCUUGCAAGAACUCAUACUCUACGCAGCAAGCGCUGCUCUCAGCUGCUUGGUUCUCUUCGCCGGGCUCAAACACCUCGACCCUAAUCGCGAGGCGUCCAAGAAAGCUCUAGAGCACAAGAAAGAAAUCUCCAAGCGUCUCGGCCGUCCUCUUAUCCACACCAAUCCAUACGAGGAUGUAAUAGCAUGUGAUGUGAUAAAUCCAGACCACAUUGAUGUGGAGUUCGGUUCUAUCGGAGGUUUAGAGACGAUCAAGCAGUCAUUGUACGAGCUUGUGAUCUUACCCUUGAAAAGACCUGAGCUUUUUGCUUACGGGAAGCUGCUUGGACCUCAGAAGGGUGUCUUGCUCUACGGUCCUCCUGGUACCGGGAAGACGAUGCUUGCCAAGGCUAUUGCUAAAGAAUCAGGAGCUGUUUUUAUUAACGUCAAGGUUUCUAAUCUCAUGAGCAAGUGGUUUGGUGAUGCUCAGAAGCUUGUUGCUGCUGUGUUUAGCUUGGCGUACAAACUUCAGCCUGCUAUCAUUUUCAUCGAUGAGGUUGAUAGCUUUCUUGGUCAGCGCCGUUCGACGGAUCAUGAAGCUAUGGCGAAUAUGAAGACUGAGUUUAUGGCUUUAUGGGAUGGAUUCUCCACUGAUCCGAAUGCGAGGGUUAUGGUUCUUGCAGCAACUAACAGACCGUCAGAGCUUGAUGAAGCGAUACUGAGGCGUCUUCCUCAGGCGUUUGAGAUUGGAAUGCCUGAUCGCAAGGAGAGAGCAGAGAUACUAAAAGUGACGCUGAAAGGAGAGAGGGUUGAGCCUGGUAUUGACUUUGAUCGUGUAGCUCGUUUAUGCGAAGGGUAUACUGGAUCAGACAUCUUUGAGCUUUGCAAGAAAGCAGCUUACUUCCCUAUCAGAGAGGUCCUAGAAGAAGAGAGAAAGGGGAGACCUUGUCCGGUCCCUAGGGCGUUAUCACAGCUUGAUCUGGAGAAAGUUGUAGCCACGUCAAAGAAGACACAAGUUGCAGCGGGGGAGUACUCUGGACUGAGAGUGUCAAGGGAACCAGAUGAGGUCCAAGCAGCGUUAAGUGGAAUCUCGAAGCUACUAGUCUCUCAGUUCAUUAACCUUCAGUCAGAUUCUCAGGGUUCAUGGCAGCGCGACCCUGAAGAAGAAGAAGACUCCUGAAUGAAAUUCCAGAUCAACUUUUAUUACAAAACGUUCUGGUUUUCAAAAGGGGAAAGUUUUAGAGCUUUCAAACAAUUUCACUCUGUUCUGUAAUAGUGUCUUUUAUAGAAUGCUUCUAAUUUGGUUUUGGCUGCUGUUUACCAAAGAGGCUUUGAUCUUAUUACUGAAUUUAUCUUGUUCAUAAUUUGAUCAUGUAAGUGUCAAAUCUUUCUUCACUUC